AUGUGGGAUGGCCGUUUCAGGUGCUGUUUGUUGGCAAUCGCUGCUAAUGCAGCCAAGACCCAGUUUGCAUUCUUUCGUUUUGCAUGCCUUGCAGUGAACUGUUUUGCCUUUCCUUUGCUGUGUGACUUUGUGUCUUUGUGUUCAGAGGCUUUGGUGCAGGACAAUGUGAAGUCAAAGGACCAGCAUGAGCUCGGUGCACUUGGAGGGAGCGUGUCCAUCGCCAGCCUCCUCACAGACAAGAAUGCCAGCGCAAACGCCACAGAUGCGGAGCCUGAGCUUGUACCACCAGUACCACUAGCUGCUGCCCCGGCUGGGCCAGGCAGCCUUUGGAAUUACAUCUUUGGCACUCCAAUGCACACUCCAGCUACAUUGGCCCAGAUCAAGGAUCUGGAUGAAGCUGUCUUUGCACCAGCUCCAGUCAGAGAGUCCAAGAAAGACGCCACCUUCGCACCAGCUCCAAUGCUGAACUCCUCCUUCCUUGAGUCUGAAGCUGAGAGAAGCAGAGAAGCUUUGUGGACUUAUCAAACACACAAACAGAAGCGGAUCGCCGAUCCAUGCUUCGGGCCAAAUAGGCCUUCUGCCUCCCGCGAGGUGACAGAGGCUGUCACAGCUGAAAAGAGCGAAGAAAGAGAGUUGGGCUGGUGGUCGUGGUUGUGGCCGUUUCAAUCUGAGGAGAAACCAGAGCAGAAGGACUCAGUCUUGGAGGAGCUUCGAGUUGGUACCCUUGCUGGAGGAGUUGCCAUGAAGCCAUGA